UGAAAGAAGGUGGAAUUAUCUAGGUAUCCGAUCCAACCGGUUUGUUUCCCAGUUUUCGAAUUCAUUUCGAUUAUCGGCGAAGACCGAUCCUCCUCUCAGUGAUGAAACAUCGUUUGCCCAAGGAUUAUCGUCCGCUCAUCCUCUUCCAAUCCUUUCUUGAUAAGGAAACACCAUCGAUUCCGAAAUUCAUCUCGGGGUGGGACACAUGGUAUAUCUGAGGACGCGGCGUAUUUCGAGGUGUCGAGGCUUUUGAAGUUUCCAAAUUCGAGAUGUCGACACAGGUUUUUCGCGAUCGAUGGAACGUGGAAGCGUCGGACAUCGCGAGGAGCACCCACAACCCCAUAAGAUCCAUCGUGGAGAGCCUCGUGGUCGAGCCUAAUCCCGCCAAAUCUUUGAUCUCGUUGUCGAUCGGCGAUCCAACUACGUUUGGCAAUCUAAAACCGCCGAAAGAGGUAAUCGAAGCAGUUCAACAAAGCCUCGUCUCUCAGUUGUACAAUGGAUAUGCACCAAGUACAGGUUAUCAGAUUGCAAAGGAAGCUGUAGCAGAGUAUAGUUCCAACGAAUUUGUAAAGGUCGAUGCCAAGGAUGUAAUUUUAUGCAGCGGAUGUUCCUGCGCCCUCGACCUGUGUAUAACAGCGUUGGCAAGAAGGGAGCAAAAUAUCCUGAUACCACGACCCGGUUUCUCUAUCUAUCGAACGCUUGCGGAAGGUCUUGGUAUCAACGUAAAAUCUUACGACUUACGCCCGGAACUCGGUUGGGAAAUCGAUCUGGAUGAUUUGGAAUCGCAGAUCGACGAAUCGACGGCAGCGAUCGUUAUAAAUAAUCCUUCGAAUCCGUGCGGUUCCGUGUUCAGCAAGGAUCACGCACUUGAUAUUCUCGAUGUAGCCGCCCGUUACUACGUACCGAUAAUAGCCGAUGAGAUUUACGAGCAUAUGGUAUUUCCCGGGCAAACUUUUCACUCGUUGGCGUCCUUGUCGAGAGAAGUUCCGAUUUUGUCGUGCAGCGGUUUGACGAAAAGAUUUUUAGUGCCCGGUUGGCGUAUGGGCUGGAUAAUCAUUCACGAUCGUCAAAACGUUCUGGAGAAAGAGAUUAGGAAAGCGCUUCAUUGCUUAAGUCAAAGAAUUAUCGGUAGCAAUACGCUUGUCCAGGGUGCUUUGCCCGCUAUUUUGAAGAACACGCCACAGCAAUUUUACGAUGACGUUAUGAGAACGUUAUACAAUCAUUCGAAAUUGGCGUACGAUUACACGAUUAAGAUUCCUGGACUGAAACCAAUAAUGCCCAACGGUGCAAUGUACAUGAUGGUUUACAUAGAUUUACCUUGUUUUCCGGAAUUUAAUUCCGACCUCGAAUUCGUGCAGCGAUUGCUAAUGGAGGAGUCCGUGUUUUGUCUUCCUGGCCAGUGCUUCGAUUAUCCGUCCUACAUGAGGCUGGUCAUCACAGUUCCCAUGGAAAUGUUGGAGGAAGCUUGCCAGAGAAUUCAGGAAUUUUGCGAGAGGCAUCACUACAAAACAGCCAAAGAUACGCAAAUAAAUAAUUUAAUUGCUACGUAUUGAAGUGCAAAUAUUAUUUUUUUUUGUCCUUUUCUUUUUUUUUAUUAUUUAUAUUAUAAGAAAAAGCGAGUUUGUUAGAUAAUCUAUUUUAUAAUAAAAUUGUUUUUGUAAAACA